UUCUGUAUAAAACUACGAACUUGACGCAGAGCUCGUUGAAACUGCGGCAGAACCUCAGCGGCACCACCUGACCCACCGGCCACAGAAAGAAACCAGCGGAACAAAAGGAAAGGGAAGCAUCCUGGUAAAACAGACUGCGACAGGAUGGAGAAAUCCAGCAGCCAGUACGACUCGUUCCUCUUCUGGAGGCAGCCGAUCCCGACCCUCGACCUGUCAGAGUUGGAGGAUCUGGGAUUCGGCGAUCCGAUGAGCAGCAGCAAGGCGAAGGACAAGCAGCUGCGCGGACAGGACGGCGAGGACGAGGAGUUGUCUGAGUUUUCCUCCUUUAAUUACUGGAGGGCUCCCAUUGCUGAUGUGGACGCUCUGCUGGCUGACCUGAACCUGCUGCACUGAGCCCGCCAGAACCUGAACCCAGAUCAGCCCGACUUCAUCCAGAACCAUCAAUAAUCUGAGACUACACCUCCUAAUUCUGCAACCAGACUAAAGUUCAGCUGAUUAUCCAAGGUUAUUUAUUUACAUCUCAGCUUGUUCAAGUUUAAUUAUUUGGAUUUCUGCUACACUUAGAAAUGCCUCAUAUGUUUAAUCUAAAAUUAAUUUCAUCUGCACAUUUUGGCUGCAGGAUCAAAUGACUUCCUGUCCCAUUUCGUCUGAUUCAUCUGGUAUGAAAUAAGACUUUAACUAUUUAACUAUUCCUGCUGUUUGAUUUUUGUUUUAUGUGUUAAUAUUUGUUCCUCUUUUGUUUUCUUAGGAUCUGCUGUACCAACAGCAAAUCAUCCAUGUUUUUAUUUAUGCAUGUAUUUAUUUAUUUUUCUCACUUGCAAGACUGAAACUUCAGAACAGACCUGACACCAGAAAUAAAAUGCUUCUCUUUUUUAAAAAAAGAGUCAAGUCU